AUGGCCUGGAUCGCGCGAGGACCAGACGGAUACGUCCAGAACUCCCCAGAAGGCCAAACGCCCUCCGUUCCAGCGCUCGCCACCCACCGAGGCGAACUCUGGUGUCUCUGGAGUGAUCCAUUGGGAGACCUCUACUACGCAAUUGGAGACAAUAGCUCCUUCCAACCCCGUCUUCAAUUUCCCGACCACGGUAUCCCCGUCCUUGCCGAGCUCCUAGGAACGCUACACGCAAUCAUCAUCAUCCGGGACUCGAAUGACUUGGCGCACUAUGUAUACGAUGAUCUGGAUCGGCAAUGGACAGUCCCUGCUCUGCUUGAUAGCCGGGCCGGAUUCUCUUCGCAUACUACUCCAGCGCUGGUCGCUUUUCAUAAUAAGCUGGUUUUGGUAUUUAUUCAGGAUACGAAUUUGUACUAUUCGAUAUGGUCUGUGAACCCUCAGGAUGACACAUCAGUCUGGUCACCGCCGCAGGAAGUAAGUGGCAUUAAUCAGGUUGGAGGGAUCCCCGCACUAUUUGUCUUAAAAGACGUUUUGCAUGUCCUCUGCGCCUCGCAUGACAGUACCAGGAAGAUCUUGGGGUUUUCCUAUUCCUCUACCGAGGAUAUCUGGAACUCUUGCGAUGAUGUGAGUGAAGGGAAAGCUGCAUCUGGGGUCUCGGCUACAUCCUAUGGUGAUAGUGCGUUUCUCGCUUUCCAAGAAGAUGGACCAGACGAUACUUCUCAUCUGAUAUUCAUCAGUGAGUUUAAGGAUGGCCGAUGGAGCUCGCAACAAGCAGUAGCGGGUCAAGCAUCCGCUAGUCCCCCUCAGCUUUCCGUCCUGAAUGGAAGGAUUAAUUGCAUAUUCAAUGCCAACGACGAAAGUAAAGAUAUUAGGUGGUAUUCAAGGUCGCUUCUUGACUAUUCAUUGAGUUCGUGGAUGGGCGGCCUUGCGGACGGAACGCCUUUGAGUGCUUUGACAAUUCCUGGUACACACGAUAGCUGUGCGGAAUCCAAUAUUCCAUUUGUCAGAACUCAGUAUUUGUCCAUCACCAAGCAAAUGGAGGCUGGGCUUCGCUUUCUGGAUCUACGCUGCCGGGUUGACUCCGCUGGAGACCUCUACAUGUACCAUGGGGGCAUUCCGAUCAACUUACCGAUGUAUUUGUCAUUUGAUACAGUUAUGAAUGAGGUAUUUGACUUCUUCGAGAGGAGCAAAUCAGAUCCUACCGAGACGGUCCUCGUCUCUAUCAACAAUGACGAUACAUCUGGGAAAGAACUGCCAUCAGUCUUUUACAAUGCUGUAAAAAGUUAUAUCGACAAGACGCCAAGGUAUCAGAACGGCCAACCUCGAUGGAUUACCAAACGAACUACAACCUCCCUAGGAGAGGCUCGUGGAAAAGCCGUGCUACUCCGACGAUAUGCAGCUGAUCCAGAUAUUGACCCAUCGGAACUGAUUGGCAUAGACCUAAGUGGAUGGCUCAAUGACAACCCCGACUUUACACUCCAGACCGCAGACAACGUCACAGUGACCUUACAAGACAAGUGGAAAUACUCCGAGAUCAUACCGCUUUUGGACCUCAUCUCAAGCAAAUUCAGCUUCGUCUCCAACAUGCUGCAAAAAGCAGCAAGUGGUCAUCCAGAUCAUUGGUUUCUGAAUUUCAUGAGCGCUGUAGGAGACCCGGCAGAGAAAGGGGAAAUUGCAGAGUCUCACUGGAUCGCGGUGGGGGCGCAUAGCAAGAUUAUUGGAGACUUUGUGCAGGGCAUGAAUCGUACAGUCAGGCAGAAGUUUAAGUGGGAUUUUAAUGCUAGGUAUGGGGUGAUUGCUAUGGAUUAUCCUGAGCUGCCUAAGGAUUCUGAUUUGAUUGCUUGGCUUAUUGGGACGAAUAUGUAA